CGAAUAGAGAUGAUGUGAUCCACUCGAAAGCUGAGGAAAUGUCUAAGGAAGGGUCUACGUGUCAGUACUAUGGAGCGCUGUUUCCGCUGACAUCCUCUCUGGCCAUUGAGAAUAAAGCCUCUGAUAAUGGCCUUCAAUCUGUUUUGUGUCUCAUCUGGCCUUCUGUUUUUAUUAUUAUUAUAUUUUUUAUAUUCUGAAAACUUGGCACACCAGGCUCUGAACCCACGGUCCGUGCAGAAGCUGAAAUCACAGAACGUAACUAUGCAGAGCAGGAAGCUGGGUGCUGGCCCUUAUCUGGCUCUUGCCAUCUUCAAAGGCAGCCCACGUUGGCCGUACUCCUCCUCCAUUCUAUGCUUGCACAUUCCUUCUUUGCAGUGAGUCUCCAGAGAGCUCUCCAUCAGCCAAGACCAUUCGAGGCCUCUUUGCGAUGCUGAUUUUGAAACUCAUGGCUCCUUUUUUAAUCUUCCUGCUCAUUGGGGCUGGUGAAACCAAGAUCAUUUCGCGAUGUGCCCUGGCUAAUCUCAUUGCCGAUUUAGUCCCGGACGGGUAUGCGCGAUACACUAUCAAUGACUGGAUCUGUCUCGCCCACUCUGCGAGCUAUUUCGAUUCAAUGAAAAUAUCAAAACAGGAAGAGGACAGUGCCCGGAGAUAUGGGAUAUUCCAGUUCAGUAACAUGGAACAUUGCUCCGACGGAUGCCGCAGCUCCCUGAACAUAUGCCGCACGCAAUGCACAAACUUCAUAAAUGAUGACUUGAGGGAUGAUAUCCGGUGUGUGAUGAAAAUAAUCAGAGCUGACACUGGGUUCGACGAAUGGAGAGUAUAUGGCGUGAACUGCAAAGGAAAAAACCUAGCGAGGUGGAUCCAGGGCUGCACAAUCGUGAAACCGUGGGACAAGUGGCGCUAAUCCCAGGCCUUUCUCCAGAUUCUCCACCGAUGAAGAAUGACUCCAACGCUUGACAAUGUUUUAAAGUCUUCUCUGACAAAGUAUUUCGUCGCAUGGAGUAAUGGCUGUUAAUAAAUCGUAUCAAACUGCA